AUGGCGACUUUUUCAUCGUCGAUAAUGCCAGUAUCCACUUCGGCCGGGCCACUCGACCUCGGCUUCGGCUUCUCUUCGCGCGCCACGGCAUUUCGUAUCUGUUCCUCCCGACCUACUCGCCUGAGCUUAACCCCUGCGAGCUCGUGUUUGCGUUCGUGA